UUUGCAAAUAUUUAGAUCAUAUAAGAUUGUUUUUUGAAAAGAAAAAUAGAUUAGAUAGUUUUAUUUAUAAAAAGUGAUAUACAAUGGGUAAUUUUUUUGUAAUAUUUUCGUAAUUUUCAUAUAGAGAGGAAGGUCAAACCUUAUAACACUACUCGCCCUCCACGAGCCCAUAUACUGAAGUGAAUUUCACUCGAGCGAAAAAGGGCGAAGACAGAAAAGGGUUUAGGGUUUUCGUCCAGAAAAACAGGUUUUUCGAUUUCGAAUUUUUUCGAGAACGAAGAAUGAGUAGAAGCUUAGGAAUACCGGUGAAGUUGAUGCACGAAGCCACAGGUCAUGUGGUAACUGUUGAGCUCAAAAGUGGGGAACUCUAUCGAGGUACCAUGAUUGAAUGCGAAGAUAACUGGAAUUGUCAACUUGAUAACAUCACUUACACCGCUAAGGAUGGAAAGGUCUCCCAACUUGAGCAUGUAUUCAUUCGAGGAAGUAGAGUCAGGUUUAUUAUCAUACCAGAUAUGCUCAAGAAUGCACCAAUGUUUAAACGCCUAGACGCAAGAAUCAAGGGAAAGAGUGCAUCGCUUGGGGUUGGCCGUGGUCGCGCCGUAGCAAUGCGGGCAAAGGCACAGACUGCUGGACGUGGUACUCCUGGAAGGGGAGUUGUGCCACCAGUGCGGAGGUAGAAUUUGCUCAAUAGCAGAUGCGACUGGUCUGCGUUUAGAGUUUUCCUGCAUUGUGGCGAUUAUAUAUGAAGAUAUCGAUGUUGGGGCUGAGAUUACAACUCCACCUGAUAAGAAAAUGAUCACAUUCUGGGAUGGCAAUAUGCCAAUAUCUAUAGCUUAUCUGUUCCCAAUGUUCAAAGAUGAUGUCAUGGUUUUUUUUUUUUGUCAUGAACUCAUGACUGUUCAUAGCUGAAGGUUUUCCACACUUUUUAAUUAAAAGGAAAAUUCUUAUUCUGUCCCA